GGAAGAAGUUCAGGCCUCUCAGCAGCAGCACUGUUGUUAAUCUUGGUAGAACAUUCUUGAAAUAUUGAGCAUGCAAGAUAAUUGGAUAAACAGCAAAACAAGAUUCUCCUGGAGUCAUCUUGCAUGGCCUACCACGGGCACAUGUGUUCUUGCUCUAGUAGUGCUGCAACUUCCUUCCUUCAUUUAUUUCGAGUGUUAUUCAUCUUAGAGCUUUGCUUGUGUUAAUUAAAAAUAUAUUUUCAAAUCAAAAUUAUUUCACAAAAUAAUCCAAGAACAUGAAAUUCUCCGGUGAAUCAAAACCCAACUGAACUAAACCUUUGACUAAAAAAAAAUGAAAAUGAACCAUAAAUAGCACCCCAAUCUUGUUUCGUGAUCAAACCAUGAGAAGUCCAAACACACAAACGGUUGCCUACCUUUCCAAAGCGCACCCAAAAUUCAAUGCCUCUAACCCAUCCCAGUUAGACUACUCUUCCUACAUGAAAAGCUUACAACUUUGCAUUGAAACAAAAGCUCAAAAAGCAGGCCAUUUGAUUCACAACCAACUUUUAACCAACGGGCUUGCUUCAAAUCUUCACCUAAGCACCAAAUUAAUCAUAUUGUACUCAAAACUUGGUGAUACAGUCAGUGCACGAAAGGUGUUCGAUAGAAUGCCUGAAAGAACUGUUGUGUCAUGGUCUGCUCAGAUUUCUGGGUACUCACAAAAUGGGUGUUACCAAGAUGCAUUAUUGGUGUUUUUAGACAUGCUUAGAGCAGGUUUUAAGGCCAACCAGUUUACUUAUGGGAGCGUGUUACGCGCAUGUACUGGUUUGAGGUGUUUGCAGAGAGGGAUGCAAAUACAAGGGUGUCUCGAGAAGAGUAGAUUUGCUAGUAAUCUGAUCGUGCAAAGCGCUUUGCUUGAUUUGCAUUCCAAGUGUGGAAAGAUGGAGGAUGCUUGUUACUUGUUUGGAAUGAUGGAAGAAAGGGAUGUUGUUUCUUGGAAUGCAAUAAUUGGCGGAUAUGCUGUUCAGGGUUUUUCUGGUGAUUCAUUUCGAAUGUUUCGUUCGAUGAUGCAAGAAGGUAUGAACCCUGAUCUUUUCACCUUUGGGAGUGUUUUAAAGGCGUCCGGUAUGGCUAAUGAUGUCAUCAGAGUCUGCCAAAUACAUCAAUUGAUCAUCCAACUAGGUUAUGGAUCACAUAUUUCUUUGAGUGGUUCGCUAAUUGAUGCGUAUGCAAAAUGUGAAAGCUUAGCAAGUGCUCAUUGCUUAUAUAAAAGUAUGCCAAUGAAAGAUAUGAUAUCUUGCACGGCACUGAUGACUGGAUAUGCACGGGACAGUAACUACAGUAGCAAGGCCCUGGAUUUGUUCAAAGAAAUACAGCAGAUGCACAUGAAGAUAGAUGAUGUUAUAUUAUGCUCCAUGUUUAAUAUAUGUGCUAACAUAUCAUCUUUGAGUGUGGGAAGACAAAUCCAUGCUCUUGCUUUAAAAUGUAAACCCACUUAUGAUGUGGCCAUGGGAAAUGCUCUUAUUGAUAUGUAUGCAAAAUCUGGAGAGAUUAAAGAUGCUAACCGUGCUUUCAAUGAGAUGGAGGAGAAAAAUGUGAUUUCAUGGACAUCAUUGAUUACUGGAUAUGGGAACCAUGGACAUGGACAUGAAGCAAUUGCCCUGUUUAAGAAGAUGGAAUACGAAGGUUUGAAGCCAAAUGACAUUACAUUCUUAUCUCUUCUCUUUGCUUGUAAUCAUUGUGGAUUGACAGGCGAAGGAUGGGAGUGCUUCAACAGCAUGAUCAGCAAAUACAAUAUCCUACCGCGAGCUGAACAUUUUUCUUGCAUGGUUGAUCUUUUUGCACGUGGAGGGCUGUUGGAAGAAGCUUAUAAUUUGAUAUACAAGAUGAAUAUCAAACCUAAUGCCUCGCUUUGGGGUGCCAUUCUUGGUGCAUGCUACAUCUAUGGCAAUAUGCCCCUUGCAGAAGAAGCAGCCAUACAUCUUUUCAAAAUGGAUCCAGAAAAUUCAGUGAACUAUGUUGUUUUAGCAGACAUAUAUGCUGCAGCUGGUUCAUGGGAUAAUGCUUGGAAGAUGAGAAAAUUAAUGGAAGAAAGAAAUUUAAAAAAGGCUCCUGGGUACAGUUUUAUACCUUACAUUCCACAAUCAAGUUGAGAAGUCAAACUCAUAAUUGUCUUAAUGUUUUGUUUGUCUUGUGAGAGGAAGUGGGUAUUUUGUUUCAAACACUGGGAUCUUAAUUAAGUUGAUAACAGAAUACGCGAGAGCUCUUAUUUUAUCUUAUAAUACUAUAAAUAAUGGGAACAAGAGCCCACAUUCCUCGUCCUGGUUUGCUUCUUGGUGACCGAAAGAGGCUUAAGGACAUCAAAGCAGUCUAGUAAAGUACUUUUGGUUCACAUAUUCAUGCUCCCGAGCUUCUCAACACUGAGGUAUUCCUUGCGUAUCAUCUUCUUGAAGAAGAACCCCUUUGAAAGACAAGGAAUUGGAACUUGGAGUGUUCAAGACGGAAGAGCUCAACCUUUCUUUUUGCUAGCACUGGUGAAUGGAGGGCCUGGAGGCCUUUUUAUUUUGCCCAUGGAUCAAAUAAUGAACUGCAAUAUUCUGACCAGUUGAGGAGUUCAGUUCUGAAUCAGGUAACGAUUUGUUUCCUGUCAUUGAAGCCUUUUGCAGAGAGCCUGCUUGAUUUUCACCCAGCUUUUUAUGCCAAGUUCUUGAAGAAAUUACAAUUGAGAGGAAGUUCUUGCAGGGAAUAGAGAAGGGAGUACUUGCUGUGAAAAGAGAAUGAUAUGAAACUGCCAGCCUCGUCCUAUGCUUCAUUCAACAUUUAAAUGCGGAGACAUCUCAAGUAACUAUUGUUCAGUUAUUAGAGAAGCCAAUCUCAAGUAAGCAACCCUACUUUCAAUUGGAAUUAGGAUGUCACAUGUCUAGUUUCUUUAGUUUGGCCUAAGAUAAUUAGCUGAUUAAGUAAUUUACAUCGGAUUGUUUAUAGGAAAGGUGAGUCAGUUGAGCAAUUGAAAAUCUUGGAGUAUGCCAAGGUGCUAAAAGAAUCCCAAAACAGAAAAAGAGAAUAAUAGAAUAGCUAAAGUAUUUUCCUUAUUUUGCUAGUCUUGUUGUAUGAUCCAUACUAGUGAGGCAACAUGCAAUGGCAUUCUAAAGGCGUUUGACCUAGAAAGGCCUCCUGUUUUUUUGCUCUUUGAAAUUAUUUCCUGUUUUUUCCUCUUCUAAAGAGUUAUUUACUCAGUAACUUCGCCUAUGAUAUCACUUAUCUCCAGGAUACUAUCAGGUAUAACCACAUCUAACAAACAUGGACCAGGAGCCUCUUAACAUCUUAAUUGUGUUGCCAAGUUCUCCUUACCCUGUCACAAGUGCAGCUGGUAUUUCACAGGCUUCUGCAAAUUCAACAUUUUUGGAAAUGUCUUAAGUCCUUCAAUGGAGCAUCCAAACAAGAAUGUCCUCGCUGGAACUUUCUGAAUCCAUCUUGGCAUUCAUCAUCCUUACGUAGAUGCUGACAAUUAAGAACAAAGAUUUUAAUUGGAAGGUUUUGUACUUGAAUUGUUACUAGUAUCGAAGAUUCAUUAUAGAGCUACCAUCUCCAUCCAGGAGCUGCUCAAAUUUAAUGCUUCCCCAUUAAAGUGGCAAUAACCUUCUGCCUGUUCGAUAUUAUGAUGUAGAGUGUGUUUCAAUUGAAAAUGCAUCAAAAUAAUAGUUUUUUAGUUUUUUUA